CCGCGCCGGUCUUUGCUCGGCGCCCGCUGCCGUCCCGGCCCGGCACUGCCGCUCUGCGCGCUCGGCCGCCGCUUCUGCGCGGCCUCCCGGGACCCUCCACCGGCCGCGGCGAGCGCAGGAGCCCCAAGAGGAAGGAAGGAAAUUGCCUCCGUCGUUCUCAAAGCUCGGUCCUUCCCCUCUUUACAGAAAAAAAAAAUAAUAAUAAUAAUUUUUUUUUUUUUUUGGCUUGAAACCGUGUCUUCCUGGGCCCGCGCGGACUCCGCGGGCACGGACGGCGCCGGGCCAUGGAGGGCGCCGAGCUGGCCGGCAAGAUCCUGUCCACCUGGCUGUCGCUGGUGCUCGGCCUCAUCCUGCUGCCGUCCGCCUUCGGGGUGUCGCUGGGCAUCUCCGAGAUCUACAUGAAGAUCCUGGUGAAAACUUUGGAGUGGGCCACGAUACGAAUUGAAAAAGGAACUGCAAAGAAGUUGGUUCUCAAAAGUUCAGCUUCUGGUGGUAUCAUCCAACGAGAUGAGUCGCCCAUGGAGAAGGGACUGAGCGGAAGGGACUUUGAGCUGUCCGACGUCUUCUUUUUCUCCAAGAAGGGGCUGGAAGCCAUCGUGGAAGACGAGGUGACCCAGCGCUUCUCCUCAGAGGAGCUCGUGUCCUGGAACCUCCUCACGAGGACCAACAUCAACUUCCAGUACAUCAGCCUGCGGCUCACGCUGGUGUGGGUGCUGGGCGUCGUGGUGCGCUACUGCAUCCUCCUCCCGCUCAGGGUUACCUUGGCUUCCAUUGGGAUCAGUUUGUUGGUCAUAGGAACCACGCUGGUCGGGCAGCUGCCAGACAGCAGGCUCAAAGACCGGCUGAGUGAGCUGGUGCACCUGACGUGCUGCCGGAUCUGCGUGCGCGCCCUCUCGGGCACCAUCCACUACCACAACAAGCAGUACCGACCCCAGAAGGGAGGCAUUUGCGUGGCCAACCACACCUCCCCGAUAGACGUUUUGAUCUUGACCACGGAUGGGUGCUAUGCAAUGGUGGGUCAAGUGCACGGUGGACUGAUGGGAAUCAUUCAGAGGGCGAUGGUCAAGGCUUGUCCCCAUGUGUGGUUCGAACGCUCUGAAAUGAAGGACCGACACCUGGUCACCAAGAGACUACAAGAACACAUUGCUGAUAAGAAGAAACUACCCAUCUUGAUCUUUCCUGAAGGAACCUGCAUCAACAACACUUCGGUUAUGAUGUUCAAGAAGGGAAGCUUUGAGAUCGGGGGGACCAUUCACCCAGUGGCGAUCAAGUAUAAUCCUCAGUUUGGGGAUGCGUUUUGGAACAGCAGCAAGUACAACAUGGUCAGCUACCUGCUCCGAAUGAUGACCAGCUGGGCCAUCGUCUGUGACGUGUGGUACAUGCCCCCGAUGACCCGAGAGGAAGGUGAAGAUGCAGUUCAGUUUGCCAACAGAGUCAAGUCUGCAAUUGCUGUUCAAGGCGGAUUGACUGAACUUCCAUGGGAUGGAGGCUUAAAGAGAGCAAAGGUGAAGGACACUUUCAAGGAAGAGCAGCAGAAGAAUUACAGCAAGAUGAUCGUGGGCGACGCCUCCCCGAAAGCAGAAUCAGACUGAAGGCCGCCCUGUGCACACCCCAGCUCCCAUGACUCGCUCUUAGCCUGGGCCUGGAACGUGCUGCUUUUCUCGUGUGUGUGUGUGUGUGUGUGUGUGUGUGUGUGUGUGUGUGUGUGAAGGGGGAGCAGCCUUACUUUGUUUCGCCAUUUUAUUAUUAUUAUUAUUGCUAUUGUUGAUCUUGUCUACAGGAUGCUUCCUUGACCUCUUCAUCAUGCAGAGGUGGACCUACAGGUGCCCUCGGGGCUUUUGGGGGUCUCUGCUGCCCUCACCCCAGGAAUUGCCAGGUUGUGUACUGAGUUUAAAACAGAUACUCUUCCUGCUGCGCUGUGCUUGAUGGAAUGGAGUAUUGGCACAGGAGGAAGUGCUUCUAGAACCUGACGGGAACCCGUCCUGUUAGGAAGUCAGUGAGCUGGCGGCGAUUCUGAAAAGCAAUGACCCCGGCCUCUCCUCUCCAUAACAUUUCCUGCUUCCUUACUUCCCUCCCAGUGACCCUCCCCUCCCCCCCCAAACACACACAAACUACUUUCACCCCCUCGGACAGUGUGAUGACCUCUAGUUCCAGGUGCCCACCAAUGGCUCUGUUUGCACAGGUGGAAGAAAAAUGAGGGCGGGUGCCUCGAAGGACACCCAGCUUUGCGACCACCUGAUCUGAAAGUGGAAGCGUCUGUCUAGGUCCCCCCCCCCCCCAGGCCCCCCACCCAAAGCGAGGUAGCAGGGAAAUCACCUUGGGCAAGCGUUACCAAAGAAAAGCCCAGCCCACGUCCCAGCGUGUGCGUUUACAUGUAGGUAACGUCUAAUAAACACAUUUCAGCCAGAUUCAAGCCUUUAGUUUUCCUUGUCUGUUUGCUAGAGGUCUCUCUCCGCGGCCUUGUCUGCGUUUGUCGCUGGCUCUCGCACCCGCACUGGAAGAGCCUUUUUGUUUACAACAGCAACAGCAAAUCCCACUGAGCCUCUUGGGGGUGGGGGUGGGGUGGGGAGCAUGGCCAGGUGACGGGGCAAGGCCAGUCUCUCGCCCUCCACCGCUUUGUGGCUGACUCGGAAAUGUUCCCAGUUCCAUACCCAGAGGAAUUAGUGGCAGAAGAUUCCUUUGGAAACUGAGCCUUAAUUUCUUUCCGAGGGGGGGAAAUGUUUCCGACUCACGCGGCAGAAGUGCUGUCUGCUAGCAAUGGGGAUGCCGUCGUGAACGCUAGGACCGUUGUAUCUCCUGGUAACCAUGUACAGAAUGUGAAACUGUUUUACAGUGACUAAAUAAAUUCUAUA